UAUUGUGCCAGGAUGUAACAUAUACCCUUUAAACUCUAUUGCAUGAGUAUGUGUGUAUUUUGCGCAUUAGCGGACCUGGACAGAUAACUGAGUGCUUCUGCUAUCCAGUUAAGCCUGCUGGCAGACCCCUGAGUCACGUGACUUUUCAUUGACGGGGCACGUGCGCCGGAGCUUCAGCUUCAAACGGACCAUCACGAGCAGGAAGCGGCUCCCAUGGCCUCUCCACUCAAAGUGUGCAUAGUCGGGUCUGGAAACUGGGGCUCUGCCAUUGCCAGGAUUGUAGGAAAUAAUGCCAGGACAUUGCAGCAUAUUGCUACCACUGUGAAGAUGUGGGUGUUUGAAGAAAAUAUUAAUGGCAGGAAGCUUAGUGACAUCAUCAACACUGAGCAUGAAAAUGUUAAGUACCUUCCUGGAUACAAACUACCAGAGAAUGUGGUGGCUGUACCAAAGCUCUCUGAUGCUGCUAUGGGAGCUGACCUGCUGGUGUUUGUGGUCCCUCAUCAGUUCAUUAGGAAACUCUGUGAUGAAAUGUUGGGCUGUGUCUCUACCAGAGCUCGAGGAAUCACACUCAUAAAGGGUAUAUAUGAAGGCCCAGAGGGCCUGAAGCUCAUCUCUGACAUCAUUCGUGAGAAGAUGGAGAUUGAUGUCAGUGUCCUCAUGGGAGCGAACAUUGCCAACGAAGUAGCAGCUGAGAAGUUCUGUGAAACCACUAUCGGCAGCAGGAAUGUGGAGAAUGGUCUGCUGUUCAAAGAGUUACUGACAACUCCAAACUUCAGGAUCACAGUAGUAGAUGAUGCUGACACGGUGGAGCUGUGUGGAGCUUUGAAGAACAUCGUUGCAGUGAGUGCAGGUUUUUGUGAUGGCUUGCAGUGUGGUGACAACACCAAGGCAGCUGUGAUCCGAAUGGGGUUGAUGGAGAUGAUAACCUUCGCCAAACUCUUUUCUAAGAAUGGCAUGGUUUCCACAUCAACCUUUCUGGAGAGCUGUGGUGUGGCUGACCUCAUCGCUACGUGCUAUGGCGGCCGCAAUCGACGAGCAGCAGAGGCCUUUGUUAGAACAGGGAAGAGUAUUGAAGUGCUGGAGAAGGAGAUUUUUAAUGGUCAGAAGCUCCAGGGUCCUGCCACCUCAGCUGAGGUUUACCGCAUCCUCCAACAGAAGUGCCUGGUGAAUAGGUUCCCUUUGUUCACAGCAGUUUAUCAGAUUUGUUUUGAGAAGAGGCCAGUCCAAGAAAUGAUUUCCUGCCUGCAAAGCCACCCAGAAGAUAUGUGAUCGACUGAUGGGUCCCAGGAAGCUGUUUAAUUGAAUUUUCCAUUGAUCAUUUCCAUUCUAAGAUGAAGUUUGCAUUAGGUUCUUAUUCUGUUAAAAAACAACAAUCCACAACAGCUUUAUUUAGAACACCCAUCAAAUCUGGAGUGAAUUAUAACAAAGUCCUUUAUCAUUUCAAUUUGUACAAACCUCCAAAAAAAGUUAUUCCUGGCUUCCAACAGUGUAGGAUGAAAAAUAAAUCCCAGUGUUAAAACAUAACAAAGACUGACUGUCUCUCCCACUUAGAGUGUUUAUCCAUGCCAGCUCCUUGUGUGGAGUAAUCCCCCUUUAACCACUAUCAGAUAUGAAAACGAGGUAUAAUCUGAGCUUUAAAAAUCAGAGGUAGACUGACUGCAGAAGCUAUGUUGUGCCAGAUGCCUCGAGUCUGAUGGCUUUGUCUAACCAUGGAACUUUUUCAAAUCACCUAAUAACAUCUAUAUAAGUGAAGUUUUGUUUUAGCAUGGAUCUUUUGUGGCAACUAUAUUUGUUUUUGUUUCGGGUAUUUUUGUUACCUAUACGACCAACUUCACAUUUUUCUAGGCAGGUUAAUUACUAAGCUGCCCACGGUGCUCCUUAGACUUAAACCACAACAGAUUGGCUCUGGGUAGAAGUAUGUGUUUGUGUGCGAGCCUUGUGAUAGGAGUCGGCUGGGAAAUGGAUGAAUAGAUAAUGAGCCCCAUCUUGUGGUUAAAAAAAACUACAACAACCCAGUAAACCACUGACAGCUUGUGUGUCUUGAGCUGUGAUACUUCAGUGUGCUCAUAUUGCAACCUUCUCAGAAUUCUGCUGUUAAUGUGUUGGAAUAAAUGCCACUCAGACUGA